AUGAAGGAAAGCCUGAAGUACAUAAAAGCCAGCGAGAUCUUCAGCAAAGAGCCACUUUGGAUGGCAGUAAAUGAUGAGGACCGCAAAGAAAUAUUCAGAGAUUGCAUCGUACGUCAUCUGAAUCUUUAUUUAAGCUGCAAAUAUUUUUUCAGGGAUUUGUGGCUCGUCGUGAUAAAGAACGGAAGGAGGAGGGCCGGAAGAGGAAUCUGGCUGCUUUCAGUCACAUUCUGCAGACUAUGGACCAGAUUACUUGCAAGACGACGUGGGCUCAGGCGCAAAGACUUCUAAUUGAGAACCCACAGUUCGCUGAGGAAACUGACCUGCAGCGUAAGUGGUUGCGAGCAUUUUAUCGGAAAGAAAUUAAAAAUUGUAGUGAUGGACAAAGAAGACGCGUUGUCGGUGUUCGAAGAGCACAUAAAACAAGCGGAGAAAGAGCAUGAACUGGAAAAGGAGCAAGAGGAGAAAAGGCUACGAAGGCAGCAACGGAAAGUGCGCGAAGAGUACAGAACACUGCUCGAGGAGCUGCACAAGCGCGGAGAAAUCACCUCGAUGUCCCUCUGGUCGUCCAUGUUCCCGAUCAUUUCGACCGAUACUCGAUUCGAAUGCAUGCUCCUCCAGCCCGGAUCUUCUCCCCUCGAUCUCUUCAAGUUUUUCGUUGAAGAUCUAAAAGAGCAAUACACGGAGGAUCGCCGUCUCAUAAAAGAGAUACUGACAGAGAAGGCGUGUCAAGUUGUGGCGACGACCGAGUACGAAGAGUUCUCCACGUGGGUACUUUCGCAUGAAAACGGAGGGAAAGUGGAUCACGGAAACAUGAAAUUGUGCUAUAACUCGAUGGUUGAGAAGGCGGAGAACAAGGCGAAAGACGAGGAGAAAGAGUCGCUGAGAAAGAAAAGAAGACUGGAGAGCGAGUUCCGGAACCUUCUGAAGGGUCACAACGUGGACGGAGAUUCGGAAUGGAGUGUGAUCAAGCCUAAGAUCGAGAAGGAGAAGGCGUACUUGGUAUUAGAAAACGACGAGGAAAGAGAGGCAGCAUUCCAGAAUUAUAAGGCCGGAACGAGCGGGGGAACGGGAGGAGCAACGACGGUCCCCACCGAGUCAGGGCACGUGUCAUCGACAGAGAAAUCGUCAAAGAAGAAGAAGAAGGAAAAGAAGAAGAGGAGCAAGAAAAGUGAUGUAAGUGAGAACAUUGAUAGAGCAGCAAGAAAGGCGAAAUUUUCAGAGAGAUUCGGAAUCGGACGGUGAAAUCCGCGAGAAGGAGAAGAAGAAGAAAAAGAAGCACUCGAAAGAGGAUAGAUCUGACGACGAAGAAAAGGGAAAGAAGUCGAAGAAAUCCCGGAAACGCAGCCGAUCGAGGACCGACUCGCCACGUCAUCAGGAAAAACGGAGAAGGCGUGAAUCGGAAACGGACUGA